AAAAUGGCAGCCGCCUUACGGCAAAACACAAAAGUGACUUUGAAAGUUACCAGAAUUUUUGUAUCGGAACUUACUCACAGAUACGUAUCAACGAGCAGAGCAUGCUUAGGAAAUACAUUGAAAAUUUAUCAAAAGCCUAAAAGAAACAAAGACUUUGUCCCUGCUCCAACACCAAUUGUUCUAGAUCCAAGUGCUAAAGAUGAUGAACCUAUAAUCAUACCUGAUAGAAUUGAUAGGAGUCCAACUGCUAUAUUGGAAGCUCUAGCAGCAACUGUCAGAAAUGAUGUUAAUCAACCAAUGCAUGCAUCGAUUGAUGACCCUUACUUAUAUGCCACAUCAGACAGAGUAAAAAAAAAUUUUAUUGCUGCUAAAGGAAGUGGUCAAAAAACUGCCAGGAUGAUGAUAUCUAUGUAUCCUGACUAUUUUACAAAAAUCUGGCCAGAGCCCAUGCCAGAGGCUUGGGAAGACCUUUUUAAAGAAUAUAUUCACAAAGAUGCUUCAGAAGAAGCCUUGUUGGAAAGGAUGAAAAGGAAAAACAUAACUGAUGCCAUUCAAGUCUACAAGAAAGCAAAAGCAGAAAAAAUUCAACUGAGUCAAGAAGUGCAGGAGAAAUUUCUAGAAUUACUGACUGUAUACAACUGCUCAAAUCCAAACAAUGAGGACGAUUGCUCUCUCUUUAUUGAAGCAUUGCAGGUGCCCAAACACUCACCAUUCCCACAAUGCACUUGGGAGAAAGGCAAUAUAGCAGAGCAAGUUUUUAAUUCACUCCCAGAAAAAACUGCCACUGCUUACAACAACAUCAUUAGAGGGAUGGCUGCCAACUUUGACAAGAAAAGUGCUAUGGCUAUGUACAAUGAAAUGAAAUCUGCCAAUUUUCAAGCUGAUGUUUACACUUAUAACCUGUUACUGGCUGUUAUUUCAUUAGACAAUGAUAGUUUUGAUGUGAUCACACAAGAAAUUGAGGGUUUACUGAAGGAAAUGGCAGCCCUCAACAUAAGGCCGAAUGUGGAAACCUUCAACUCUAUCCUGUUCAACUGCAGACGGGUCUCAAAAUGGUCUGGUGCUAAGAAAUUUGCUCUCUCUGUCUUUGCUGAGAUGAAAGCUUGUGGUGUAGAACCAUCAUUGGGGACCUACACUGAUCUAUUGAAUAUUUUCUACUACUCUAAAGAAAGAGUAGCCAAGGAUCCAACAUUGUUUUUAGAGAUCCUUGAUGAUAUUGAAGGCAAAGAAUUUCAAUGUACUUCACAAAAUGAUGGUUUAUUUUUCAGAAAUGCUAUGAGAGUGAUAUCAACAUUUUUCCCUGAAUCCACACUGGCACUACGAGUCCACAAGAUAGCCACAACUGGAAAAAACAGUGACUUGAUUGGUCAUCGGCAGCUGCAAUAUGGUUAUUAUAAUGACCUGUUUCACCUGGUUAUACAGCUGGAACACAUUGAUGAAACCAUGAAACUGUAUCAGAGUGUCGUCCCAUUUAUUUAUGUACCAAAUGUAGAGACCUACUUGUCUAUUUUGGAGAGCCUGGUCAUGUAUGACAGCUACCACUACCUGCCAGUAUUGUAUGCAGAACUCAGUAUGUCUAAUAUGUUUAAAGAUGAAACAUUAAUAUCAGCCUUCACAAAUGCUAUGUCCAAGCAAAAGCUAGAACCCAAGCUACAAGGUGAACUCUGUGAUAUUGCCAGGUCCAUGUUGAAAAAUUGGGAACAAAAAGUUGGUUCAAUGUCACAUGAUAAACUAGCCAUUAGUGGUUCAGUCCUUGGUGAUUUUAUUGUUGUAUUUCUGAACAACAAUGAUCUAGUUACAGCCUGGGAAUUAUUCAAGCUGUAUCAAGACAGAAAAGAUAUGAAGGUAACCAAUCCAAGUGCUAACAACCUGAAGCAGUUGUGUGAGAAUUUGAUCCAAGCUAAAAGUGUUGACCAGACAAAGGAAGUGCUGAAUCUGAUGCUAAGUUUAGACUAUGAAGAAGUUUCUCCACUAGUAGAGCAAGCACUGCAGACUUUGGACUUGACAGAACAAGAAAGAUAUCACUUUGAAGGUCUGGCUGGAUCAAGCAGCAGCAGCUCAUCAUCUUCUUCAGACUCCGACUAAUGACUAUCAUGUUUUUAUAUCCAUGCUUAAGUUUGAAUAAAACAAUUUUUUGCUGUA